ACGAAACGAACUCGACGAAAUAUUCAUCCGCGGGCACUGUGCUAGCUGUGCGCGUAACGUUUUCUUUGCGCUUUUUCUGCUGCGCCCCAAACCCAUUCUCCUCUCCGGUCUCGCUACUCCUCGGCUUGAUGGCAUUUAAGUAGCAGCGACCCCGGCCCUCGCUCCCCCUCGUUCAUUCCCCCUGCCUGCCUGCUGCCUCUCUCGUCGUCUGCUUGCCUACCUUCCUCUCCUUUCUCUUGCCCGCUCCGGUUCUUGGUCCGCAGGCAGGGCGCGUUCGGAUGCUGUCCCACGUCGAGAUGGCCCCGGCGGCCGGCGGGUUCAAGCUGUUCGGCAAGGUCAUCAUGCAGUGCGGCGUUUCCGAGGGGACACAGGACAAGGCGCAGGGCUUCGUCGUGGCCCGGGAGAAGGUUGAACCGGAGGAGGAGGAGGAGGAGGAGCAGCGUGUCCCGGCUGCUGCUACGUCGGGGCAGCGCGCGUCGAUCAAGCGGGAGGCCGCGGACCGCGACGAGGAGCAACGGCAAGGGGGCGGGGACGCGGCGGGGCAGCCGACGCAGCGGCGGUUGCAGGACUCGGCCGAGGCGCGUGCGGCCGCCGCGGCGCCGCUGCCGUGCCCGCGGUGCCGGAGCCGUGACACCAAGUUCUGCUACUUCAACAACUACAACGUCAACCAGCCGCGCCACUUCUGCAAGGCCUGCCACCGCUACUGGACGGCCGGCGGCGCGCUCCGCAACGUCCCCGUCGGCGCCGGCCGCCGCAAGAACCGUCCCCUGGGCCCCCUCGCGGUCGCCCACCAUAACCACCACCACCGCGCGGCCGCCGGCUUCGUCCUCGGCUUCCCCAACCCGUCCUCCCCAACCUCCCCGUCGCCGGUCUACACCGACCGGUGGCCGGUCACCCCGGACCGCCCGUUUUGAUCCCGCCAUGCAUCCAGUCGAACCAACCGGCUUGGAUAUAGCUUCCCUUUGACUUGCUGCAGCUGGGUUGCGGAGGCUAGCUUGGCUUGCUUGUACGUGAGGCUUACACAAACACAUGGUAGAUGGAGAUAUCGAAUGGGCUUUUCUUUCUUUUUUUUCUUUUCUCCUCUUGCUAGUACCACCAUCAUAGCAUGCAGCUUCUCUCUCCUUACUACUACUAUCCUGCUAGUAGUUUGUUUCUUCCUCUUUCUCCUUUUGUUGUUUUCUAAGGUUGCGGGUGUAAUGUAAGAAUGGAAGUGAUGAGGUUGCGGAGGCAAGUUGCGAACUCCGUGGAAAA